CAACAGGAACAACUCAAAACUGUAUGGAGGGGCACCAAAUACAACAUGAGAUAAGUGACCUCACAAACCGACUUCACUCACCUUGUACUCGUACCUGCCCACAAUUCCAGACCCCAGAUUCUGUGGAUGUUGAGAAGUCGAAGCUCUAUCAAAAGCUUGGGUCUCCAGCUUUGUGAGGAUCACCGGCAACCAAAUUGGAUCCUCCCCAGACCCUGGCAAUCCGUCCAAUCCCCUGCGCCCGAGCCUCAAUCUGCAACAAUCGCAUGUCAUCGCAUCCUUCUCUACAGUAUUUCCCUGUCCUAUAAAUCGCCCCAAGUGCUUCCGUCCAGCGAACUCUCCCCAUAGAAGCUCUAUGCCCAGAAGCAGUUCUCUAGAAAUCUCCGUCCGAGAUUGAUUCAACGACCCCUCAACAGGCCGCCAGCUCUUUUGCAAGUCACUACAACAAUCCACCGAGCUCAUCCGACGAAUAGUCAACCCGCCGGGCGACAUUGGAUGUCCGCGCUCAUAGGGGGCUCUUGUGAUUAUAGUAGAAGGAGGCGCGAACGGGGACUGGUAUGCAGACGGCAAGGCUCAAGGCUGAAGCGCAAGGUCGGAAAGCUAAGGUAGGUCUUCUGCGGAAAGAGAAAUACAGAUGGAAUGUGCUACAAGAGCGACGUCAAGUGGUGGAUGGCAAAAGGAGCGGAGAACUAACAAGUGUCACAGCUUGCCAACUCAUACCAUGAGCUACUGGAGUAAGCCUCCCCCUAUUUUGCGUGCCAUUUCAAAGCCCAGAUGUUAACUAGUGUUUGCUGCAGAGAGUUCUCGUCGAAAGACCUUCGGUCCGUUGGGAAUUAUACACUUGGACGACUGAUUGGAAGAGGGUCAUUUGGCAAGGUGUAUCUGGCCUCCCAUAAGCUUAUACAUGGGUCAAAAGUAUGUGGAUGGUUCUUGGUAACUGCGGUUCUUAUGACUGAUGGCUCUAGGUCGUUCUCAAAUCCGCCAAAAAAGACGACUCGAAUUUGGCCCGCGAGAUACACCAUCACCGGCAGUUUCUACAUCCUCAUAUUGCCCGACUAUACGAAGUAAUAGUUACCGAAACUUUAGUAUGGUUGGUGUUGGAAUACUGCCCAGGUAAGGACAAUGCUCCUGUAAAAAGGGCAUUCGCUAAUUGAACAUGUAGGUGAUGAACUGUACAACUAUCUUUUGAAAAAUGGGCCAUUACCGGUCGAGAAGGUGCAGAAAAUAUUCACACAGUUGGUUGGCGCUGUUUCAUACGUCCACAACUCCUCCUGCGUUCACCGAGAUCUGAAGCUCGAGAACAUCCUGCUAGACAAGCACGAGGACGUUAAAUUGGUAGACUUCGGUUUCACAAGAGAGUAUGAAGGAAAAGCCAGCUAUCUUCAGACCUUUUGCGGGACGGUUUGCUACAGCGCGCCAGAAAUGUUAAAAGGUGAGAAAUAUGCCGGAGAAAAGGUAGAUGUUUGGAGUUUAGGCGUUAUUUUGUACGCUCUUCUGUGUGGCGAGCUUCCAUUCGACGACGACGACGACAAUGUCACAAGGACCAAGAUUUUGGGCUCUGAGCCAAAAUGGCCAGACCAUCUUACACCCGACGCUCGUUCCUUGAUAGGCCUCUUGCUGUCAAAAAGGCCGUUGCUUAGACCAGCACUGUCUGAUAUACUCACGCAUUCUUUUCUGACAGAACAUGCUCCGCAACAACAAGCCAUAUUAAAAUUGCAGCAACCGGCCCCUUUCACUACGUCUCUGGAAAAAGAAACUUUGGAGCGAAUGCGGAGUGCGGGAGUUGAUAUAGAUCAAGUCAUAGAAAACGUUCUAGCUCGACGUUGCGAUGCACUGGCUGGGUGGUGGUCGCUACUCAUUGAAAAGGAACAGCGAAAGCAAGUACGAAGGGAACGUAAACGUAAAGAAAGAGAAGCCGAGAACCGAGCUUCUCGUAGACUCAGUGCUGCGAGUAGUCGCCUCGAGCGAACGGCGCCAAUUUUGACUGGAGUGGAUGAAGAAGGACAGGUAAUCAGAUUAAGUGAACCACCGAGAAGCAGAGGCAGAAAAGAAAGGCGUAGCGCACACUACCCAGAUCUCAUUCUUACGGACCUUCCGGGGUUGCCAGAAAACGCCCUACUGGAUUCUCCGGAGGUUGCAACACCUCCGCCACCUAUUGAGAAGGAUUCCAUACGGUCAGCCAGUUCAUCAAGGAAUCGACGACCUAUCCCACCUCCUAAAGAAGGCACGCUCCGAGGAGCCAGAUCUAGGGGUAGUACUUUACAGCUUGUUACGCAUAAUCCUGAUCUCUUAUCGCCUCAUACGAAUGGCACCUCGCCUAGGCCUAAGCGACGGAGACACCAGCAUGGUUUUAUAAACCAACUCGCUCAUUGGAAGCACUGGAUUUUGGAUAAUGCUAAACGCGCAAGAUCUCCUGGGAAGCGAACGGCACAUUCAAGUCCAGAUCUCACCAAGUCUCCGAAUAGUUCCAAAGCGGGUACAAAGGAGCCUAGUCCACGACCUGCCACCUCAAAGACACCUCCAUCGUCAAGGCCUACUCUGAGUUCUGGACCACAAUCUCAUCCACCUCUCGCCCGUGUGUAUACGACACCAACCAAUAAACGACAUUCUCUCUCCCCUGUACCACUAACUCCUCGAUCAACUUUUAGAAGAUCAAGCACGGGUCUUCGGGGACGGAAGUCUACUUCAUCGUCCGUAUCUUCUGUUCGCACUAUUCAUCAUCAUCACCAUACUCAUUCAAAAGCAUCCUCCACGUCUUCAAACGGGUCGGUAUCCACGAGUAGAGUUUCUGCUCCCAACCGGAGUCCACAUCAUUCCGUCAAAGUUCUUCCCGCCACCCCAACUACCUCUGCCUUUCCCUCCAACAUUCGUGUUGUCCGCCAGGCUCCAAUCUCAGCCUUCAAUGAAGCUGCCUCUUGGGGCAACAAUGCCUCAUCCAGUUCACCGUUUGGAGGUGGCCUCGUCUUUGCGAAGAGGAAGAAGAAUCUCUUCAAGGGGCCCAAUCUAAAUACAUCAAACCCUGGUCCAAGUGGAAGUACUAGGACAGGGAGUCAUAGUCGAAGUGCAAGUGUGGCAGGACGAAGGAGUGGCGAAAUAAUCGAGGAAGAGGACGAGGAUGAAGUUGAGGAGGUAGAUGCGUUUAGUCCAAUUGCCGAUGAUAUGGUUGAAGAGACUAUAUUUCCAGCCGACGAGACUGCCCUCAAUACGUCCAAAGACCCUUCCUGAUGGCAAAUGUCAUACGGCAAUUUCGGAACUAAUAGGACGAGCGUGCGGUGAUGUAUAUGUAUAUUCGAUAGGUUCUUGGACCCAGAGACGUGGUAACGAAGAUUGUUUUGUUUUUCUUGUGUUCACAUUUUAGCGAUUUCUUGAGACGAGGCUUAGGAGGCCUCGUUCUCCUUUUUGUUUCUGGUGGAUAUCACUCCAAGCGCUUUUUGUGGCAUUUCUUGGUGAAAGGGUUGUUUUUGACGAUUUUAUCUUUUCAUGUUCUGAAUUAUCUUUUUUAAUGCUCAACUCCUCGCGGGGCGGGGGUCUUCCAUCAUAUAGAUCUCUUCUUUUUUUUUCCUUUUCCGCAAAAUGUUUGUGGUAUUACAGUACAUAGGGUAGUGGGGAAUUUCAUUGUCGACUUUCUAUUCUCGGGUGAAAACUGCUAAGAGGGGCUUUUGUUGAUGGGGGGUUUGUUGCAUGGAAGGGUUGAGGAAUGGAAAGAAAUGGAAAAGAAUGAAAAAAUGAGAUUGGUUCCUGAUAGUGUUCUCAUGUCUCUUUGUAUAUUAUUGUUUAUAGAUGGGUGUGGCAAUUUUUGAAUUUGGACUUUACAGAGGAAAUUAAGUUGGG